CGUGUGUUUCUCUCUCUAACUAACUUCUCCUCUCUCUCUCUCUCUCUCUCUGUGAAAAUCAAAGCUUUAUCCCCAAAAUCUCAGAGUAGAAAGAAUCAAAAAGAGAAGUCAGUCGCUGCCCUAGAAGUCUCCACGAACCUUCCCCCUCCAUAGCUUCCCUCCCACUACCACCCCCUCGCUUUGAAUGCUCCCUUCACUUCUCUCUCUCUCUCUCUCUCACGCUCAAAGAAAUCACAGACUUGAAACUUCAACAAAGUUUUGGUUGAACUGCAUUUGUGAAGAAUGGGGAUGAUCUGAUAACUACCUUUUGUCAUGAUAUCUCCAGGGUGCAAUGUUCGGCAGUCUGUGGAUGAUCUAUGAAAGCAGAAUGCUCUCUUGCCUUGAUCUUUAGUUGAAUUUUGACUUUCAGUAAUCCGAUUAGUAUCUCAAGUGGCAGUUUAGUGUAUGAACUUCCCAGUUUUGAGGAGGAACUCAGAGGUUGAUCAUCUAUUUUGCACAUCCUCUUAAAUAAGCUGAAGUUAUGAAUCACCGGCAAGAGAAGUUUGUGAGGUUUGAAGACUCAAAAUCGGAGAAAAGUACUGAGGACCAAUUCUCUUCACAAUAUGGUGUUCGUUUGGGGAAUGUUGGAGCGACAUUUAACUCAGUUACUCAUAAGUUUCGAAGAGGCUUGGAAUGUGGUUCUGAAAGGGUUAGAAACUUAAAACGAUCUUUGGAAUCGUUUUCUUUCAGCAGCAUAACAGAAAAAUGCUUGGGUUCGAGGAAGAAAAUCCUUGACCCACAAGGGGCAUUUCUUCAGAAGUGGAAUAAAAUAUUCGUAUUGUCGUGUGUGCUUGCUGUUUCGCUCGAUCCUUUGUUCUUUUACAUUCCUGUGAUCAAUGAUGACAAGAAAUGUCUUGAGUUGGACAAAACGCUUCAGACCACGGCAAUUGUUUUGCGUUCCUUUACUGAUAUCUUCUAUAUAAUUCACAUUAUCUUCCAAUUCCGAACUGGUUUUAUUGCUCCCUCUUCUCGAGUAUUUGGAAGAGGUGUCUUGGUGAAAAAUGCUUUGGAAAUAGCAAGGCGAUAUUUGUCCUCGUACUUCUUUAUUGACAUUCUUGCAGUUCUUCCUUUGCCGCAGGUUGUCAUCUUAUUUAUCAUUCCCCACAUGAAAGGAUUAAGAUCUUUGAAUACAAAGAACCUGUUGAAGUUUGUCGUCUUAUUCCAAUAUAUACCAAGGGUACUUCGAAUUCGUCCGUUGUACAAAGAAGUCACAAGAACAUCUGGCAUACUAACUGAAACUGCUUGGGCUGGAGCUGCAUUUAAUCUCUUUCUUUACAUGCUUGCCAGUCAUGUACUUGGAGCAUUUUGGUACUUGUUUUCUAUAGAACGAGAAACUACAUGCUGGAAGAGCGCCUGUGUAAAGACUGGAUGUGACUACCAUUCAGUUUAUUGUGAUCACGGUACAGAGUUUAUAUCACUUCUGAAUGAGUUCUGCCCUAUAGAGACUGCAAAUACUACAGCUUUCGAUUUUGGAAUUUUCCUCACUGCACUUCAGUCUGGUGUUGUUGGAUCAAAAAAUUUUCCGGAGAAGUUCUUUUAUUGCUUUUGGUGGGGCCUGCAAAAUCUGAGUUCUCUUGGUCAAAACCUCAAAACAAGUACCUUUGUCUGGGAAAUUUCCUUUGCAGUUUUCAUUUCCAUCUCUGGCCUGGUGUUGUUUUCGUUUCUCAUCGGCAAUAUGCAGACGUAUCUACAGUCCACUACCAAAAGAUUAGAGGAGAUGAGAGUCAAACGGCGAGAUGCAGAACAGUGGAUGUCCCACCGUUUGCUGCCUGAGAGCCUGAGGGAGCGAAUUAGGCGAUACGAACAGUACAAAUGGCAGGAAACUAGAGGUGUUGAUGAAGAGAAUCUGAUUGUUAAUCUUCCAAAGGACCUCAGGAGGGACAUAAAGCGCCAUCUCUGUUUGGCUCUGCUAAUGAGAGUGCCAAUGUUUGAAAAAUUGGAUGAACAACUGUUGGAUGCAUUGUGCGACCGUCUAAAACCAGUGCUCUACACAGAAGACAGCUACAUUGUCAGAGAGGGGGACCCAGUUGAUGAGAUGCUCUUUGUGAUGCGUGGAAAAUUAUUCACUGUGACCACUAACGGUGGCCGAACUGGCUUCUUCAAUUCGGACUAUCUAAAAGCCGGUGACUUUUGUGGUGAAGAGUUACUCACUUGGGCUUUAGAUCCCCAUUCCUCUACUAACCUCCCAAUCUCAACCAGAACAGUCCAAGCCCUCUCAGAAGUGGAAGCAUUUGCCCUAAUGGCGGAUGAUUUGAAAUUUGUCGCGUCUCAGUUCAGGCGGCUACACAGCAAGCAGCUCCGCCAUACUUUCAGGUUUUAUUCGCAGCAGUGGAGGACUUGGGCAGCUUGUUUCAUACAAGCGGCGUGGCGAAGAUACUGCAGAAAGAAGAUGGAGGUGUCUCUUAGGGAAGAGGAAAAUAGGUUGCAAGAUGCAUUGGCCAAGGGUGGCGGGAGCUCGCCGAGUUUGGGGGCCACGAUUUAUGCAUCGCGGUUUGCUGCUAAUGCUCUCCGCGCUAUAAGAAGGAAUGCUGGGGCCCGGAGAGCAAGGUUGCCGGAGAGAAUACCUCCGAUGAUGCUUCAGAAGCCAGCCGAGCCUGAUUUUACUUCUGAAGAUAAAUAAUAGUGUGGUAAAUUGCUGCUGCUUUUGUGUUUUGUUUCUUGUAGUGUUUGAUUUGUAUUGGGUUUACUUGUUCUACAUGUGACAUUGGAAGCACUGAUGCUUUGGUAGUUGCUGUUGUACGAGUGCAUCACGUGAAUGUAAAUAUUUAUUUAUAUUGUGCUGUAUAAUAAGAGCCCUGCUGUCUUUCUUGUUAA